CGCCCGUGGGACUUGUAUUUUCGUGAUUGAUUUACAGCACUUCUCUCUAUCAUGGACCGGUCGACGUCUUUGGAUAUAGAAGCGCUCAAGAUGACCCAGGAGCAGUAUAUCCUUGCGGCCCAGCCCAACCCGCUCCACCAGCGGGGGGCGUCGGUGUGCGGUGCCCAGGUUUACCCAGCAGUGGGAAUCUACGGCUGGAGGAAGAGGUGCCUCUACUUCUUCAUCCUCCUCCUCCUUGUCACCAUGAUUGUCAACCUGGCGCUGACCAUCUGGAUCCUCAAAGUCAUGAAUUUCACUCCGGAUGGCAUGGGAAACCUGCGGGUGACCAAGGAGGGGGUCAGACUGGAGGGAGUGUCUGAGUUCCUGCUGCCUCUGUAUGUCAAAGAGAUCCAGUCACGCAGGGACAGUCCGCUGAUCCUCCAGUCUGACAGAAAUGUGACAGUAAAUGCCAGGAAUGACCUGGGGCAACUGACCGGUCAACUCACCGUGGGUUCAGAGAUGGUGGAGGCUCAGUGUCAAAGAUUUGAGGUGAGGAGUGCAGAUGGAGAGAAAGUCCUGUUCUCUGCUGAUGAAGAGGAGAUCAGCAUCGGUACCGAGAAACUCAGAGUCACAGGGAAUGAAGGCGUGGUGUUUGGUCAUUCUGUAGAGACAUCACAUGUCAGAGCAGAACCCUUUCAGGACCUUAAGCUGGAGUCCCCGACCCGGACCCUGACCCUGGAGGCACCCAGGGGUGUGGAGGUCAGCGCCGGAGUGGGAGACUUCAAGGCCUCGUGUAGGAAAGACCUCCUCCUGCAGUCCUCAGAGGGAGAGAUUUUUCUAGAUGCCAACACGGUCAGGCUGGGCAGCAUUCCCCUCGGCAGUGCUGUGGAUCCCCUGGAGGGGGCGCCGGCGGGCACCACCUACACCAAACAGACUGUGUACGAGUUGUGCGCCUGCGCCAACGGCAAGCUGUACCUUUCCCCGGCCGAGAAGGGCUCCACCUGCCAAACCACCAGUAACUUUUGUCUGUGGAGCUGA